UAACUACCACCACAUAUAACUACAUGAUCAUGUUGUUUUCCAUAUUAUUUUUCUAAAUUAUGUAUAAAAGUUUUCGACGGCAGGACCAACUCGAUGUGACUCAUAUUAACAAUUACCAUAAACCCAUGAACAAUAUAUACCCCACCAUAUUCAUCACCUUUACCCUCAACCCCUUAUAUAUACACCAUACACAUCAACUUUCCACCAUAUCAAUACCCUAUCUUCUAAACAAACUCUCAUCUCAUCAACAUGUCUAUGAAACUACUUAAAUAUGAGAAUCAUUUAGACCUAAACUCAAUGAAGGAACUACCCGAUUCGUACGCAUGGUCCUCGGUAGACGACGAUAGCCCAACCUCGUGCAGUUCUGAGCCAGUUCCAGUGAUCAAUCUUGAAGACCCUAAUGCCAUGAUGCAAGUUGGCCAUGCAUGCAAAACAUGGGGUGUGUUUCAAGUCAUGAACCAUGGGGUUCCUAUGAUGGUUCUUGAUGAAAUGGAAGCUUCUGGAAGAAAGCUGUUCUCUCUCCCUAUUCAACAAAAGCUACAAGCAGCCCGGCCCGUGGAUGGUGUUUCGGGCUAUGGUGUUGCUCGGAUAUCGUCGUUUUUCCCUAAACUUAUGUGGUCGGAGGGUUUUACCAUCAUAGGUUCGCCAUAUGAACAUGCUCAAAAACUUUGGCCCCAUGGUUACACACACUUUUGUGAGGUCAUAGAAGAGUACAAGAAGGAGAUGAACACAUUAGUCAAUAAACUAAUGUGGCUAAUACUUGGAUCAUUGGGUAUAACAAAAGGAGACAUUAAAUGGGCUGGCCCAACAGGAGAGCUAAAAGAAGCAUGUCCUGUGUUACAAUUAAACUCCUACCCAGCAUGUCCGGACCCGGACCGAGCCAUGGGUUUGGCGGCUCAUACGGACUCGACCCUUUUAACAAUCUUGCAUCAAAAUAACACAAGUGGGCUGCAGGUUCAAAGAGAAGGAACCGGGUGGGUGACGGUCCCACCAAUACGAGGUGCACUUGUGGUAAAUGUGGGUGACUUGCUCCACAUACUAUCUAACGGGUUGUAUUCGAGUGUACUCCAUCGGGCCAUGGUUAACAGGACCCAACACCGUCUCUCGGUUGCUUAUCUUUAUGGGCCACCAUCUAAUGUUCGAAUUUCACCAUUAUCAAAACUAACCGAUAGUUGCCAUCCUCCUCUUUAUCGGCCCGUUACAUGGAGUGAAUAUCUUGGCACCAAGGCGAUACACUUCAAUAAGGCGCUUUCGCUUGUUCGAUUGUGUGCACGGAGGAAUGGAUUUGUUGAUGUGAAUGAUCAUAAUAGUGUCCUUGUUGGUUGAAUAAGUUAAAUGCAUCUUUUUUUGGAUAAUAAAUCCAUUAACAGAAUCUAAAAAGGGGUUUUUUUUUUGUACGGGUUAAAACAUUAUGUGUUGGGUUGUAUUGAGUUAGACCCUCACACUAUUUUUAUCCGCGUUUUACAUAUCUCUAAGAACUUGUGUGUUAUCUAUUCUCUAAAUAACAAUAUUAUUAUGCAAUA